CACGCCCCUCUCCUCCAUGCCUAGUGUGUGCAGGCUGUGCCGUCCAUGGAAGGAUAGGUCCUCCAGGAUCGGGCAGAGAAGUGUAUGCAGCCGCCCCCCCUCCCGGGACACCCCUCCUAAACUUUGUUCGCCGAGCUCGGAGAGGAAGCCUUCAAUGAGCCAGCGGGACAGACCACUGUGACUUGUGAGGAUCGCAGGGGGGACACAUUGCACCGAGAUGAUUACACGGCUGUCUUUGCUGCUGCUUCUGGCUGUCUGCUUCGCUGCCGACCUGGUACAAGCGGGAGGGAAGAAGAACUAUCAGGGGCCAUGUGCAGGACGAGAUUGCAGCGGGGGCUGCAAAUGCUUUCCAGAGAAAGGAGCCCGGGGUCGUCCGGGUCAGCUUGGAGCUCAGGGUCCAAUGGGGCCCCCAGGAUUCCAAGGGCCAACCGGAGUUGCUGGACCAAAGGGUGAAAGAGGAACCCAAGGAUUACACGGACCAUCUGGGCCAAAAGGCGACCAGGGCCCUAUGGGAGUUCCAGGGUUCCAAGGUACCAAUGGAGUUCCUGGUCAUAGUGGACAGCCGGGUCAUCGGGGAUUGCCUGGACUGGAUGGUUGUAAUGGCACCACUGGAGAUGAAGGUUUACCGGGGUCUUAUGGUUUUUCUGGCCCAGGUGGAUCGCCAGGUUUUCCAGGUCUCAAAGGUCAGAAAGGUGAACCAUCCUAUAUACGAGGUGGAAUUAAAGGACCUCAGGGAGAUGAUGGAGCAAACGGCGCUGAUGGGCUUCCUGGAGCACGUGGGCCACCUGGACCCGCUGGACUGACAGGCCCAGCUGGACCACCAGGCUUACCAGGUCCAAAUGGUCCACCUGGCUUUAUGGGGCCAAAGGGCAAUAUGGGAGUUGGUUAUCAAGGAGAGAAAGGAGAGAAGGGAGACACCGGUGGUCAGGGUGACCCAGGACCUCCAGCAUCCAGUGGAAUGGAAUUCUCAACUUUCCUAAAAGGAAUCCCAGGAGAACCGGGAGACCGAGGUGACUUUGGAUAUUCUGGAAUGCCUGGAAUGCCUGGGCCAGCUGGAUUUAAUGGUCAAGGAGAGAAAGGGGAGAAAGGCAUUCCUGGUCUUCCGGGUGGAAGGGGCUUUCCUGGAUCAGAUGGAUUUAGUGGAUUCUCUGGUGAAAAGGGGAAGACUGGCCUUCCUGGACUUACUGGACUUGAUGGAUUCAAAGGAGUGAAGGGUGAACAAGGUGACAUCGGUUUUCCUGGGGCCCCUGUGUAUAUUAAUAAUGGUGGAUCAGUACUUCCAGGUUUACCAGGAGAUCCGGGUCUUCCUGGGUUUCAAGGUAUGCCAGGAGAUGAAGGCUUCUCUGGUUCCCCCGGCAUUCCUGGCCCCCCUGGGUAUCCAGCGUUUGGAAGAGGUCGACCUGGUAGUCCAGGCUUUCCAGGUGUUCAGGGAUUCAAAGGGGAGAGAGGAGAUCCAGGUAGACCAGCUUAUGGUCAGAAAGGCUUCCAGGGAAAUUUGGGUCCACAAGGACCACCUGGACCACCAGGACCACCGGGACCAGGCCGUCCUGAAGGAAUAAAGGAAAACGGUGAGCCUGGAAAACCAGGGGAGAAGGGCACACAAGGUCCUCCAGGGAGAUUUGGAUCCAAGGGAUUUGAAGGUGAUGCUGGUGACUGUGCUUGUGGAGGCAUAGAUAAUGAUCGUGGUAGGGUCGGACCACCUGGACCUCCAGGACCACCAGGAAGCAAUGGCUUUUCAGGAUUUCCAGGACCUAGUGGAGACCCAGGAAGGAGGGGUUCAUCUGGCCCACCUGGAUCUCCAGGCUCUUCUGGAGGUGCUGGUGCUCCAGGACUUAAAGGAGAAAAGGGUGAACCGGUCUACCCAUCGGGUCGUGGAGUUCGUGGAGAUCCUGGAGCUGUGGGACUUAGAGGAGCUCCUGGACUUCCAGGAAGGGCGGGAAGAGAUGGUCUCCCAGGUUUGCCAGGUCGUAAAGGAUUCCCUGGUGAAGGUGGACCUGGUAAUCCUGGUGAGAAGGGAUUCCCAGGCCCCUUAGGCCUAAAAGGUCGUCGUGGAGAAAGCGGGCUUCCUGGUGUUGGCUUUCCGGGUUUACCUGGCUCCCGUGGUCUUCCUGGUGAUCCUGGGCUACCGGGACAAGAUGGGCGGCCAGGUGAUCUAGGACCACCCGGUGACUGCUGCUGCGGGGACAAUGUUGGUAAUGGAGACUUAGUCACAAAGGGAGGGCUCACUUUACCAUGCAUAAUUGCUGGAGAACCAGGUGACCCAGGAAUGCCCGGUGACCCAGGACCUCGAGGACCUAGAGGUGAAAAAGGAUUCCCUGGAAUCCCAGGUCUCCGUGGCUUUGAUGGUGGUAAAGGACAACCAGGCGAUCCAGGUAUUGGUGGAUUUCCAGGACCACAAGGCUUUACAGGUCCCCGUGGAGAUGAAGGCCCUUCUGGAUUUCCUGGCUUGGAUGGCAUUGAUGGAGUUCCAGGCAAGUCAGGACGUCCUGGUUUGCCUGGUUUCAAAGGAGCACGUGGUGAAGUAUUGGGAGCGGAGCCUGGUGCUGCUGGUGAACCUGGAAGGCCUGGAUUCAUAGGAGAUAAGGGAGCUCGUGGAGACCCUGGAUUUGAUGGGCAAAGAGGCUUAGAUGGACGACCUGGACUAAUGGGUGCUAAAGGUGAAAAGGGUAAUUCAGGAUUUCCAGGUGGACCAGGUUCCAGAGGUCUUCCAGGAUUUGGAGGAGCAGCUGGCUUUAAGGGGAACCAAGGACCUAUGGGAGAUAUUGGACUGCCGGGGUCACCGGGCUUUCCUGGAGCAAAGGGCAUUCCUGGAAACAGAGGCCCCCCAAGUCCAGCUGGGAUAAAAGGUAGUCCAGGUCCUAAUGGAGAUGCAGGUCGACCUGGGGAUUUAGGAUCGCCUGGACCAUCAGGACCAAGUGGGCGAGAUGGACAGCCAGGCUUUUCAGGAACUAAAGGUGAUAAAGGAUCCUCUGGUUUGAUUGGCUUUCCUGGUAUGCCUGGGCUUCCGGGUCAACCUGGUUCCAGUGGAUUUAAGGGAUUUGAUGGAUCACCUGGAAGAAAUGGACUUCCUGGACUUGAAGGGCGAAAGGGGGAGCAAGGUAUCACAGGUGAUCCAGGCCCACGAGGUCCUGAAAACAUUGUGGAUUCAAGCAAACUGAUUGGAGAACUUGGAGCACCAGGAAGAAAUGGACAACCAGGGUUCCCAGGCCCUCGAGGUGAUAAAGGUUUCCCUGGGCUGCCUGGGUCACCCGGCAUACCUGGAUUCCCAGGAACACCAGGAAGAGAGAAAGGUCAACGUGGAGAUCCAGGUCUGCCUGGAACAUUUGGAAGGCCGGGUUCUCCUGGACUUAGAGGCUCACCAGGGAUCAUAGGAUUUCCUGGGAUGCCAGGAAUGAAUGGUGCAGAUGGAUUACCAGGUAGCCCUGGUUUCGCUGGUUCGCCUGGACGACCUGGUGAAAAAGGUGACCGUGGAGAAUCUCUAGGAAGGCCAGGUGUUCCAGGAAUCAAGGGAGAACGUGGAACUCCAGGGAAUCCGGGUACAAGAGGCUUUAACGGAUUCCCAGGAGAUGCUGGACCAAAUGGAAGACCUGGAAGUCCUGGAGUAAAAGGCAUGACUGGAGACUUUGGCCGUCCAGGGCAACCAGGAUCUCCUGGGCUUCAGGGAUUUAGAGGAAGCCCGGGGUAUGUAGGAGCCCCUGGAUUACCUGGAUCGCAAGGAUUCCCCGGACCCUCAGGAGCCCCAGGUGUUAAAGGCUAUCCUGGUUUAUCUGGGCUGGAUGGAUUAAACGGCUUGCCUGGCACAAGAGGGUUACCUGGCACACCUGGCUUAAACGAAGCUGGACGGUCGGGUACACCUGGAUUUCCAGGUCCUAAAGGUGAAAAAGGAUCUCCCAACACAGUACCAGGACAACCGGGAUUUAAUGGUGGAAAAGGCAAUCGUGGAGAUCAAGGUUUUCCUGGUCUCCCUGGACCUCCUGGAUUACCUGGCCCACCAGGAGCAACCAAUGUCAUACCUGGAUUUCCUGGAGACCCUGGACCAGCUGGACAAGAUGGAGAGAUGGGACUGCCAGGACGCCCUGGACCACGUGGCCCCCCUGGUCCAUCCUCCAAUCAAGGAGACACAGGAGAUCCUGGAUUCCCAGGAACACCAGGCAGAGGUAGUACAAAGGGAGAUCCGGGUUUCCCUGGAAAUCCUGGCAGCCCUGGAGCUCCUGGAGUGAAGGGUUUAAGAGGUGAUCCAGGUUUCAUUGGGAGUCCAGGAAAAGAGGGCCCUGUUGGAGACUCCGGAUAUCCUGGACUCAAGGGAGAAAAGGGGAACCAAGGUUUUCAAGGUCCGACAGGGCGUCCAGGUCCACCUCCCUUAGAUUAUUUUGAUCCUUCUUUUGGAACUCCCGGACUCCCUGGAAUCAAUGGCUUUGAUGGUGGGCCAGGUGAUAGAGGUCAACAGGGACUAUCAGGACCUCCCGGCAGCAAAGGCUUUCCUGGUCGCCCAGGGCAGAUGGGAAGGAAUGGAUCACCAGGUCAGCCAGGAUUUAUUGGUGAUGCUGGUGAACCAGGUAUUCCAGGAUCCUCAGGUUUUGAAGGUUCUCCGGGAAAACAGGGCAGCAGUGGAUUGCCUGGUAUGCCUGGAAGGAGUAUAAGUGUUGGUUAUACCUUGGUGAAACACAGCCAGGCUGAAACAAUUCCUAUGUGUCCAGUUGGAAUGAACAGACUUUGGGAUGGCUACAGUUUGCUGUAUGUAGAAGGGCAGGAAAAGGCUCACAACCAAGAUCUGGGUCUUGCUGGAUCUUGUCUGCCCAGAUUUAGCACAAUGCCUUUUGUGUACUGUAAUAUCAAUGAGGUCUGCUACUAUGCAAGCCGAAACGACAAGUCUUACUGGCUGUCUACCUCUGCUCCUAUUCCUAUGAUGCCUGUGUCCAGCACUCAGAUUAGAAACUACAUUAGCCGCUGCUCUGUGUGUGAAGCUCCUUCCCAGGCUGUUGCAGUUCACAGCCAAGACAGCACCAUCCCACAAUGUCCUGAUGGCUGGAGGAGCCUCUGGAUAGGAUAUUCUUUCCUAAUGCACACAGCUGCAGGUGCAGAAGGUGGCGGCCAGUCCUUAGUGUCUCCUGGCUCAUGUCUGGAAGACUUCCGGGCCACUCCAUUCAUCGAAUGCAAUGGCGCUCGUGGAACAUGCCACUACUUUGCCAACAAGUACAGUUUCUGGCUAACUACUGUGGAUGAAUCAAGGCAGUUUGGAGGGGCUCCCCCCUCUGAGACGCUGAAAUCUGGGCAACUUCGAACACGUGUCAGCCGCUGUCAGGUGUGCAUGAAGAACUUGUAGCAUGACUGCUUUACCAAGAACUCCUUGCCUUGAUUUCCAGCUUCCAUCAGUGUAUAUAAAGGUACACAAGCUGGCCAUUCUGAUCAAAGGCAGAACUUGGAGAUUACAAUAAGGCACUUUUUUUUUACUAAAUAGCAAAGAAUAUCUGCUGUAAACUCAUCAGUCAAAUGAUAAGUGAGAGGCCGUACAAUGAAGUAUGGACAGUCACAUUUCAGAGAGGAAAUAUUUUAAAAGAAAUGGUGCUAAUCUUAUUUUUGUCUUAUUAUUAUUAUGUAUUAUUCAUGGCUACCUCAGGAAGGCCUCUGUAAAUUUUAAUCUGUGCUAUAAUAGUCUCACGCCGACAACUGAAUUUCAUUGGUGGUGCUAGCUGGAAUUCAAUCUUGAAAGAAGGAACUUUGAGUUCACAACGUAAUCUGGAAGAACCCAACAGAUUUAUUGUAGACACUUGUGUGUGAUAUUUCAAUGUUAGCCCUAAAGUAGAUGUGCAUCGCAGUCAAGACAAAAAGAAGAUUAAUGGCGGAAAUUAGCAGUCUAUACCCAUCAUCUUUGACCUUGAAGAACCGGAAAUAUAAGCAUCCUUUGGUUAUAAUGAUGACUUUAUGUUUCUACCGUAAACAAUUCUCAAGCAAUCCUUUCAUGUAACUCUACAAAAAACAAUCUUUUAUCAGUAUGGUAAUGGAUUUCAUCAUCAAUGCCUAAAACACUUCCUCUGCUUCUCUAAUGUCACAAUGUCAUCAGCAUUAUGUAAAUAAGCAGAUUGUAUUGAGAAAGGAGUGAUGCCAAUCCAAUGUGAUCAUUACAGUCAGGAUAUCUGUAGUUUAUCCUGGGAGACCAUUACUUCUACUAUCUAUUCUCUACUAUAGCCAUAUUAGCUGCUCAGAAAAUGAAUACAGGAUGCAAACAUGUAACAAGACAGAAAGAAAGUAUACAAAAUCAUUGUAUGAUGCUUAGUCAGGCACCAUUGUUGUGUUUUUAGUUAGAUGACAGGUUUGCUUAAAAACACUAUUGUACAGCAAUAAUUUUAAUAGCCACGGUGCAAUUAACAUCACACGAACUGCGAGAUUACUGAUCCUCAAUAGAGUGGAUCAUUCCCACCAAUACAUUGUAAAGGCACUAAAAAAUAGCACAGCUUUUGGCUGUCAUUAAACCAUGAUGUACAAUAAGGUAUGGUGGGGCAGUCCACAUCAAACAGCUGUAGAUUCAUAUUGUGAUAAGUCAGUCAUUAAGCUGUUUUUGCAGCAUCCCCAUAUUUUUAGUCUUCUGCGGAAAAGAACUGACUAUUUGUUGACCACUAGAGCCUGGUCUUUCCGAGGUAGCCUUGGUGCAUUUAUUUUGUAAUUAUAAACAUUGUUUUACACAGAGAUCCCUUCACUAGUUAGAAAUACCACAGUGAAAUGUACAUUAUUUUUAGUUGAUUAUAUGUUUACCAAGUUAUAUUUUACUUUAUAUAAUUUUAAUUCCAGAACCGUUUGUACUGUAUUCCAUAACAAUCUGUGUGGGAUUUUCACUUUCUACUGCUUACUACUGCAAUGAACCUCAUUUGGUCCUCACCAUGCCAUAACACCUAACAAUGGUUGUAUUUGAUGUCUCACACCAUCAACAGUGCUGUGGAAGGGAACAUUGUACAAAGUGAUCUGGAGUGCACACAACCACUCUGUAAAUUUAAAAUAAAAUUGAUCCCUGAUUCACA